AUGGAGCACUUCGGGAAAGGCAGAUGGAAUAACCGUAUCAUCGGGGACGUAUUCGCAUGUUACCGGAGGAAACACGGCGAGGUGUCAUACCACAUAGCCCAGGUGCUGACGGGCCACGGGUGUUUCGGUACGUACCUACAUAAAUAUUGCAAUCAGGCGACAGACGCGUGCGCGAAAUGUGGUACAACGCCAGACACCCCCAGAACACGCCGUGUUCCAGUGGGACACCUGGCACAAAUGGCGGACAGAAGCCUGCGUCUACCUAGAAGUGGACAACAUAACGCCGGAAAAUACAGCAGCCAUCAUGCUGAGUUCAAUAAAGUCAUGGGAGAGAGUCAACUCCCUCUUCACGAGAAUUAUGAUAUGUUGAGAACGAGAGGAACGAAGGGUGAAGCGAGGCGGAGUAUGAACCAACAAACAGGGCACAACCGAAACACGAGACUACGAGACUGGCUGGCUUGUGACGCCGGGUCGUGA